CAAUUCAUCAUAAACAACUAAGUUAGAACAAGUACUAUACUAUGGCUCUUUCCUUAUUAGUUAUGAUGCUUUUAAAGCUUAAUGUAUUGUUUCAUAUUCUCCUACUCUUUCAUCAUCCUUUUGGUAAUUCUGUGCAACCUUCUUGCCAUGAGAAAGAGAGGAAUGCUUUGAUCCAUUUCAAUGAAAGCUAUGAAAUAGAUUGUCGGCUUAGACCUGAUCACUAUCAACUCCAUCCAACGACAUCAACAUGGGGAUCAAAUGGUACCGAUUGUUGUUUAUGGGAUGGUGUUGAAUGUGACAUGGUGACUGGUCAUGUCAUUGGCCUUAACCUCGAUGGUUCUUGUCUCUACGGCUCUAUCAACUCCAACAGCACUCUCUUUCACCUUGUUCAUCUCCAAAAGCUUGAUCUUGGUUAUAAUAACUUCACUUUCUCUCCAAUUCCAACUGCCAUAGGCACACUUUCAAAGUUGCAAUUUCUUCACUUGGGUUCUUCUUUCUUCCAAGGUGAGAUUCCUUCUGAAAUUUCACUUUUGUCUAAGUUGACUCAUCUUGACUUGUCAUAUAAUGUUGGUGGUAAUGGUCCAGUACUUGUGUCUCUUUUGAAAAUAAAUCCCAAUGUUAGAAGCCUAUUCCAAAACUUAACUGCUUUGGAUUCUCUUUUCCUAACUUCUGUCCACAUCACCUAUGAAUUAAGUGAGUCCUUAACAAAUUUGACUUCUUUGACACACCUUGGUCUAGGGAGUUGUGGAUUGUAUGGGCCUCUUCCACCUUCACUUGGUAAAUUAACCCAACUCAAUUGGUUAAACCUCAAAGAGAAUGAUUUCACAGGUUACAUCCCAUCUUCUUUCCAAAAUCUCACAAAACUUUCCUUCAUAAAAAUAGCAGGUAAUCAAAUUUCUGGGCCAAUCCCUUCUUGGUUUGGAAAUAUUAGUGAAUUGACGUUUAUGGGAUUUUUUUCAAACAGUUUGAGUGGUACAGUUCCACCAUCAUUGUCCAAACUCAGUAAUCUUGAGACUCUCGAUCUCGGGGAAAACAUUUUAAGUGGUACAUUGCAGCUAGAUUCUUUUCUUAAACUGAGAAAUCUCACUGAGCUUUAUCUAGGCUUCAAUAUGAUUUCCUUACUCAUUGAUGAAACAAAAAUAGAUCCUAACACCACACUUUCAAAAUUUUAUUCUCUAGCGUUUGCUAAUUGCAACUUAAGCAAGUUUCCCGAAUUUAUUGGCCAUCAAACUAAUCUUGUACUGUUGGAUCUUUCAUAUAAUAAUAUAGUUGGUCAAAUUCCCCAAACUCUGAUGAGUAUUCAAACCUUGGAAGCCAUAUAUUUAUCCAACAAUUGGAUAACAGGAUUUCAUAACCACACAAUCAAGCUACCUUGGUCUAGUCUACGUAUGUUAGAAAUGCAAGAUAAUUCGUUGCAAGGACAACUACCGAUUCCACCAUCAUCUAUCAAACAUUACGAUGUCUCUAACAAUAAUCUAAGUGGUGAAAUUCCCAUGUCUAUAUGCAAUUUGACUUCAAUUGCAGUCCUUGAUUUGUCAAGUAACAAUUUCAGUGGCGAAUUUCCACCUUGUUUAGGAAGUAUGAUCAAUAAUGACUCCCUAAUUGCUUUGAAUUUGAGAAAUAACUCUUUUCAUGGCACCAUUCCCCUUGAAUGUCAGCAGGAAAGCGAGUUGAGAAUGGUGGAUUUUAGUCACAAUCAUUUUCAAGGAAAACUUCGACGACCAAUCUCAACUUGUAUGAAUCUUGAAUAUCUUGAUUUCUCUUUCAAUCAAAUUAGUGAUGUCUUCCCCACUUGGUUGGGGAGCUUUCCUCUAUUAAAAGUUGUUUUGCUGAGGGCAAACAAAUUUCAUGGAGUUAUAAGAAAACCUCAAAGCACUACUACUGAGUUUCCAAGGCUGCAAAUUAUUGAUGUGUCUCACAAUUGUUUCACAGGGGCAUUGCCACAUGAAUAUAUGCUCAUUUGGAAUGCUAUGAAAGCUUUCAAGCUGAGCAAUUUGACAUAUAUGAAAGCAUGGGAAAAUGACACCUUUAGUUUUAGUUAUGAGCUCAGUGAGUAUGAUUAUUCAACAACAUUUGUGUUGAAAAGUGUGGCAACACAUUUUGGAAAAAUCCCAACAAAUCUAGCAGUGAUUGAUUUAUCAAGCAACAAAUUCAGUGGUCAGAUUCCUCAAUCCAUUGGAAUCUUAAAGGCUCUCUACUCGCUCAACCUUUCAAACAAUGCGCUCAGCGGUCACAUUCCACCAUCGUUGGGGACAUUAACAGAACUGGAAUCCUUAGACCUCUCUCAAAACCAACUGUCAGGACAGAUCCCUCAGCAACUAGCAGAACUAAACUUUCUCCAAAAGUUUGAUGUGUCUUAUAACAAUCUCACUGGUCUUAUACCGCGAGGGAACCAAUUCCAGACGUUUGAAAACUCAUUUGAGGGUAAUCAAGGACUGUGUGGUGAACCAUUAUUGAAGAAAUGUGAAAACAUGAUGCUCCCACCACCAUCUGCUUUAAAUAAAAAUGUUGAUUCUGAUUCUCCAAUUGAAAUUGAUUGGAAUUUUGUUUUGGCGGGACUUGUUAGCGGGUUUGUUAUUGGAGUCUCUCUUGGGGAGAUAGUGAUCCCAAGGACGCGACUGGCAUGGUUGAUUUACUUCUCUAGAACAAGACUGAGAGAGAUGAUGAUCAGAGGCUAAGCAAUAGUUGUUGCUAUUAUUGCUUGCUUGGAUAAAAAGAUUGUGUCUUCAUACUUGGCUGCCUGUGAUUUUGUUGAGGACAUAAUCAUGUGGGAGAGAACCUUUUAAUUUUCCAUUUUGGUGGCCUUUAGCCUUCAGCCUUUCCCUUUUUUUUUUUUUUUUUUUUUUUUUUUUUUUUUUUAAUUUAAGAUAAUAGGGAUAAAAUGGUUUACUUUGCUGUAGUUUUCAUUGAGGUUUUCUUGUUUAGUACCUCCUUAAUAAGAAAUGACUUGAAACUUUUGUGUCUACAUGAUUUAAUAGAUUGAUCUAGCUUUACAAUGCAGAAUUGGUUAUUGGAAUUUGUUGUAA